UUAAAAUGGCUAAACUGGACCUAUAGCUGGGAUUUUAGCCUCAAUGUUGCCAUUUGGAUUUAAUUUGCUACAAUUUGGUGUUUAGUGAAUAACUCUGUUUAAGUGCCAUAGGGCUGGGCAAUAAAUGCUGACACAUUCAGAGUUGUUUACAAGACAAAGUCUAUGGUCCCAGUGUUCACUGAUCGGACAUGGAGCUCGCUGCGUCUUUGCUGCUCGUCUGUGCUGUCACUUUCUUGAUAUUGAUUUUUACCCGGAGCCGAAAACCCUCCAAUCUGCCCCCGGGACCCACGCCUCUGCCUCUGAUUGGGAACGUCCUGCAGCUGAAUUUUAAGGAUUUCGUGAAAUAUUUUGUGAAGAUUGGAACUAAAUAUGGUCCAGUGUCCAUGGUAUAUUUGGGACCACGACCAGUGGUCAUAUUAAAUGGUCACGAUGUGGUGAGAGAAGCUUUUUUGGACAAUGGUGAAAUAUACAGUGAUCGAGGAAGGCUUGCAUUUGCUGAAAUGCUUUUCAAUGGAUAUGGACUCCUCUUCAGUAAUGGGGAGAGGUGGAAGCAGAUGAGACGGUUUUCGCUCAGCACCCUGAGAAAUUUUGGGAUGGGGAAAAGGAGCUUAGAAGAGAGAGUACAAGAAGAAGCAAAAUGUCUGGGGGAAGAAUUCCAAAAGAAGAAAGGAGAACUAUUUGAUCCCACUUACCUUUUGAGUCUAGCUGUGUCCAACGUUAUAUGUUCAAUUGUUUUUGGGGAUCGCUUUGACUAUGAAGACAAGGAUUUCCUAGCUAUGCUGGCUUUGUUGAAGGAGACAUUCCAGAUUUUGACUUCACCAUGGGGUCAGAUCUUCAACUUAGCCCCCAACUUCUUCAAGCCCUUCCCUGGCUCCCACCAUAAACUUAUUCGGAAUUUUAACACUCUUCGAGAAUACGUGAUGGAGAAGGUGAAAAUUCAUGAGGAGACUUUGGAUGAAAACUGCCCUAGAGAUUACAUCGAUUGCUUUAUCAUCAAGAUGAAGGAGGAGAAAGAUAAUCCUAAUUCCGAGUUCAUCUAUGAGAACUUGUGCGUUAACCUGAUUCAGCUAUUUUUCGCAGGAACAGAGACCACCAGCACGACCCUGAGAUACGCAAUCCUCAUUCUCCUGAAACAUCCAGAGAUACAGAAUCAAAUACGAGACGAGAUUGAUACGGUUAUAGGGAAAGCCCGGAACCCAUCAGUCGGAGAUCGGUUAACGAUGCCAUACUUAGAUGCUGUAAUUCAUGAGAUCCAGAGAUUUGCAGAUAUUAUACCCCUUGGGCUUCCACAUGCUACAUCAAAAGAUACAAGCCUCAGAGGAUACACUAUCCCAAAGGGAACCACUGUAUUCCCCAUGUUAACCACUGUCCUGAAGGAUGAGAAAUACUUCCCGGAUGCUCAGAAGUUUGACCCGGGCCAUUUUUUAGAUGGAAAUGGUUCUGUAAAGAAGAACGAUGCUUUUAUGCCAUUUUCAAUAGGAAAGCGAAUAUGUGUUGGAGAGGGUCUGGCUCGCAUGGAGAUCUUUCUGUUCCUCUCCUACAUCCUACAAAAGUUUAAUUUGGAAUGUAACAUAAAGGCUGAAGAUAUCGAUAUCUCCCCUAUACCUUUCAGACUAAACUUCGCGCCACGACCCUAUGAGCUCUCUGUGAACCUGCGGUGACCAAACCCAGGCCAAACUGGAUCGCAGUGCUUCUAUGGGAAUUGAUUUUAGGGGCUCUGUGUCAUUUUUUUGAUAAACUUACAUGAUGAAUAAUCUGUUUUUAAAAGGUUUCUUUAGUUAUUUUGUACAGUCUCAUAGACCAUAAUGGGUUUGGAUUCUGGAAAGAUUCACGUUCAAAGUAAAGAUUUGUAUAGAUAGGGUAUUUUUCUUAAAUAGGACUUGCUGUCUUCCCCCACCACUUUACUUUUCCUACCUUUCCUCUUUUUUU